UUUGACAUGUACUCGUUCUGUGAGGUCUUGGGUCCAGAAGAAGCCAACCGGCAGUUGCGACGUCACUGGGAGACGUGGGUCACCGAAGACAUAAUCAAGCAGCUGGCCGAGUCGGGAGCCGUCAACUCGUUGCGAUUGCCCGUGGGAGAUUUCAUGUACCGGCCCUACGGACCCUACCACGGGUGCGUGGACGGCUCUCUGGACUACGUGGACAACUUGUUGGAUUGGGCCUACAGCCACGGUCUUUCGGUUUUAAUUGACAUACAUACCGCCAAGGAUUCGCAGAACGGGUUCGACAAUUCAGGAAAGACCAUGGGAUUUCGGUGGACUUCCAAUUUGAAUAGUGAAUUCUCGGGACUCACCACUUUUGAACACUGGCCGAUUCGUUCCGCUGCCUGGGUUGGAGAUUUUGACCCCCAGACGGCCUCGUAUUCCUCCAUCAACUACGCUAAUAUUCAGCAUUCGCUGAAGGUCGUGCUAGAUGUUGUCACCCGCUAUGCUGAACACCCGGCGGUACUGGGAUUGGAGCCACUAAAUGAACCAUGGCAGUACACUCCGAUCGAUACGCUCAAACGCUUUUACUGGGAAGGAUACCUCAUUGUCAAAUUAAAGGCACCUUUCUGGAAAUAUGUCAUGCAUGACGGCUUUCGCUUCGGUCCCGACUUUUGGGGUGGUUUUAUGGAAGGCUGUCCCGAACGUGCACUGGACACGCAUAUUUACCAAGCUUGGCGUGACCCUGAUUCUCGGAUAGGUUUCUUCACGGAUGCGUGCCAACAAAAAUCGAACAUUGCCACAAUGGAACGAGCUUUUGGACCUGUAAUUGUCGGCGAAUGGUCGCUGGCAACGGACAAUUGCGCCAUGUGGCUCAAUGGGUUCAACGACAACUUACCUGGUUUCCCACGUUUGCCAUGCAAGUUCACACCUUGUGCCGAACCGUACAUGGGACCCGGUCAACCCGGAACUCCGGUAGAUCCUUCCAAACCGAUUCAGGGUCCGUACGGAUCGGGUUUGUCCGGGCCCGUGUUUGGAUUGUGCCCAGGUAGUCGAGACUGGCGGAAGGAAACGAGCGACAAUCCUUUGACGGGGCAGGACUGGAUACGGGCGCCUCCUAAUAUCCCAAAGGUUUUGGACGAUACCGACAACGUAAUGCAGCGACUCGCGAUGAAAAAGAUUGACGCGUUCUCAGGUAUUGGACACGGAUUUUACUUUUGGAACUUUCGAACGGACUUGUACGAACCGCAGUGGUCGUAUAUGGCCGCGUUGGAGCGAGGAUGGAUUCCGCGUGGUAAUUUGGCGGGCAACGAAAAGAUUCUGAAUGCAUGCCUCCGCGAAGACAAGGGCGCGUUCCGCUGUGUUCUCAAGCGUGGCCAAAUAGACCGAGCAAUUCGCAGCGCUAUGGAUUAUAUUUUGAAUGCGGAGAACAGAGCCGAUACCCCAGAAGGGAAAGCAGCUCUUAGCAAGACUGGAAAAGACCUGGAAGAAGCAGCCAAGCCAAUCUUGAGUGACUACUUCGAACAGCAUCGAUUGGAGGGUGCCACAUGCGAUUUUGGAGGAAUUGCCAUGUUGGUG